AUGCAAGCAGGCCAUACAGCAUUUGUACCCAAGCGCACACGCUCAUCCUUCACUGCAACUACAAAGGGCUUGAGGCUGUUACUGGUUGAGCAGAUGGAGGAUGAUGAUGGAACCGUGCUUGACUGGCAUCCCACAUGGGUCCUGAUCCUCAGCUUCUCUGAAGCCAUCUCAAAAAUGGUCAUGCAGCCGAUAGCCAUCGCUCCGGCUGUAAUGGGUAACGGAGUUUAUUGUAUUAGAAUACGUGCGGAAACCUGA